AUAUAAUAUAUUUAUUUAUUUAUUUUGUUUAAAAUCAUAUUAAACAAACUGAAAUCAUAGCUGUAUAUAUUCCACUAAAUAACAGCAACAAUAAUCGAAUCUUUUAUAAUUUAAUAUAAAUAUUAUAAAUAAAAUAUUUUUAUCACCCAUUUUUUUCUUUUAAUAGUUAUAUUUACUCACAUAUAUUUGUAUAUAUAGUUUUUUUUUUUUAAAUUAUUAUAACAAGGUCAACUACUAAUAAUAAUAAUAUAACAGUAACAAUAAUAUUAAUCAUUUUAAUAAUAAAUAAAAAAUAAUAAAAUAAAUAAUUAUAAAUAUAAUUAUAAUAUAAUAAAUAAUAAUGAGUGUUUCAAAUGUUUAUAAAUAUAUUAUUGAAGAGGUUAUAAGAAAUAUAAAAACAGAAUUAAAAGAAGAUUUUGCAAAUGAUGGUUUACAAGAUACAAUUAUUGAUGAAAUUCAGCAUAUGUGGGAAGCAAGAUUAGAACAAUCGGGAGCCAUUCCCGAACCAGAAGAUAAAACACCACAAGUUCCAACCACUGGUGCUGGUGUACCACAAAAUAAAACAUCACCAUCAAUAACUUCCCAAGCACAACAAAAUAUAUCCGCAACUGAAUCUGAUGCUAGAAAUGCAUUAAAUAGUUUAUAUCAAUUAAACAAUGGCACACCUCAAGCAACAGCCGCAACCACUACCACUACAACCACCACAACCACUACUACAGUACCUCAACAAAUACCACAAGAACAAUCAAAUGGCCAAAUACAAAAUAUGCCAUCACUUAGAGAGGCAACAAGUUCAGCACCAAUUCCAACUAAUAGUUCAAGUCAAUCAUUACCAUCAUCAUUAAGUUUAAUUAUGAAUCCUAUUCCACAAAACGAUGGCACAAUCGACCAAGAAGAUGAAGAUUUAGAAGAAAAAAUGAAAAAUAAAAAGUUUUUAGAUAAUUUAAUUAUAACAAAUAUUUUAAAAAAUAAAUUUAAUAUUAGUGGUGAAGAUGAUAUCCCACAAAAUGAUGGAAAUGAUGACGAUGAUGUUUUAGAUGAUGAAGAAGCCAAUAUUAAUAAAGUUGAAGAAGAUUCAUUAGGUAGUGAUUUAGAUGAUGAGGAGGAUGAUGAUCCAGAUCCAGUUAUUGAACAUUAUGUCCUUUGUCAAUAUGAAAAAGUUACAAGAAUAAAAAAUAAGAGAAAGUGUAUUUUUAAAGAUGGUAUAAUGCAUUUAAAUGGAAAAGAUUCACUUUUCCACAAAGCCAAUGGCGAAGUUGUAUGGUUGUAAAAAAAAUUAUAAUAAUUUUAAAUAUAACAUUUUAAUUUUUUAAAAAAUAACAAAAUAACAAAAAAAAUAAAUAAUAAAAAUCACCAACAAAAAAAAAGAAAAAAAGAAAACACAUUAUACUUUUUGUUGUGUAAAAAAAAAAAAUUCAAUUGAAAUAUAGUUUUUUGAUAAUAUUUAUUUUUUUAUCAUAGAAAGAAAAAAAUAAAAGAGCAAAAUUAUAUUUAAUGUUUAAAUAAAUCUUUAAUUUAAUAAAAACU